GUUAUGCUCUACGUCGUUUUUAUGUUAAAUUUAUUUUGUAUGUCAGAUUAUUUUUAACAUGAAUCAGUUUUGGUUUUUAUAAACAAUAAACUUUUGUAAGUACAGCCCAUGCAACAAUUUAUGCAAAUCGUUUUAAAUACCUGAUGAUCGCCCUGUGUGGCCGAAACGUCGAGAAUUGACAUACAAGCAUGGACUUAGCGGUGGUUAGCUCAAUAAUGUGUGAAAUUACAUUGACGGAUGUAUUGUGCUAACGCCACAGGAUGCUCAAAUACAUUAUUAUAAAUUGAACAGAAGUCUGUCUCACUGCGAAUUUAUCCCCGUGUUGUCAGCUGUUACCUGAAAAUGCAAAGUAUUACGUAACUUCAGAAGGUUUUUUUAAUCAGUGAUCAGUCCUUGGAAAUAAAUUGCUUACUUGGCGCUGUUCUGAGUAUCCGCUGUAUCAUUUACAGAUAUCUGAGUGCCUAACAAGAAGUGGAAAUGGCUAACUACUCAGAUGUUGUUCAGAAGGCUCGUAGUGCCUUCAGGAAUGGGCGUACCAAGCCCAUUGACUUUCGAGAGAGGCAGCUGAAGCAGUUGCUUUGGAUGCUUGAAGAGAACACCACAGCAAUGGUUGAAGCUGUGGGAAGAGAUCUGUGGAAGAGCAGACUAGAAGCCCUUUUACUUGAAAUCAACGUCCUGAUUAAUGAAGUAAAGAAUGUUCUUUUUCAUCUAAAAGAAUGGACAAAACCAGAGAAGCCUUCCAAAGGUUUAGUGAAUGCCAUGGAUGGUUUAUUAAUCUACAAUGACCCAUAUGGGGUUGUGCUGAUAAUAGGUGCCUGGAACUACCCCAUUCAUUUGACACUCUUGCCACUUGUGGGUGCCAUUGCUGCAGGGAAUUGUGUUAUAUUAAAACCUUCUGAAAUGUCUCCAGCAUCUGCAGAGCUGUUGGCCAAGCUCAUUCCGAACUACCUGGACCAGGAGUGCUUUCAGGUAGUGCAGGGAGGUGUACCAGAAACUACAGCACUUCUCAAGGAGCGAUUUGAUUAUAUAUUUUACACAGGAUCUGCAGCUGUUGGUAAAAUUGUGAGGGCUGCAGCCAAUGAACACCUGACCCCUGUUACACUGGAGCUGGGAGGCAAGAGCCCAGUGUACAUUGACAACACCGUAGAUAUGAACAUUACAGUGAAACGGAUUCUGUGGGGAAAGUGUAUCAAUGCUGGACAAACUUGCAUUGCACCAGACUAUAUUCUCUGCCCUAAAGAAGUCCAAUCAAGCUUUGUGGCAAAGGCCAGAGAAGUUCUACAGGAGUGGUAUGGGAGCAAUGUGAAAAGCUCCCCAGAUUUAUGUCGCAUUAUUUCUGAUAAGCACUACAAGCGACUUGUGUCUUUCCUGAAUAAUGGAAGAAUAGCAGUUGGUGGUGAGACUAACUCAUCAGAAAGAUUCAUCAGCCCAACUAUUUUAGUUGAUGUCAAACCAACGGAUCCAGUAAUGCAGGAGGAAAUAUUUGGACCGAUAUUACCCAUUUUAAAUGUGGACAGCCCUUCUGAAGCCAUUUCUUUUAUAAACAGCCGAAACCAGCCACUUGCCUUCUACAUUUUCACAAAGAACUCAAAAGACAUGAAGAUGUUAGUGGAAAAUGUUACAUGUGGAGGCAUCACAUGCAAUGAUACAGUCAUGCAUGCUUCAGUUGACAGUUUGCCUUUUGGUGGUGUUGGCUAUAGUGGCAUGGGAGCAUACCAUGGUGUGUACAGUUUCAACACAUUUACACAUAAGAAAAGUUGUCUCAUUAAAGACUUCAGCCCAUUAGCAGAGAAGUUAGCAUCUUUCAGAUAUCCACCCUACUCUCAAAAGAAAAUCAACAUUUUGUCUUUUCUGUUGGCAAAAAGGAAAGGUUUGAGUCUGAAGUUCCUUCCAUAUCUGAUGAUGUUUACCUUUGGUGUAGCAGCCACAAUUGUGUUCAGAGCCAUAACAAAGAGGAACCCAUCGGAAAUGUGGACCACUGUGAGUGCAAAGAUGUCAGGUCUCUGGCAUAGUACACCGUCCAUUGUAGCGAAGGGAGUGUAACGUUACUAAAUAUAAUUUUUGCUAAGCUGAAUGGAAGGCUUGAAUAUGUGUCACCAACUGUGGCAAAGCCUUGUGGUUGUUAACUUCAGUAAAAUUUAGUCCUAGGACUGUCAACUGCUGGAGAAACUGGCACAUUUUGUUUUGUAUUGGCAUUGCGUACCCGUUUUAGCAUUCACAGAACAGAUAUUCUGUUAUUGUGCAUACACAUAACUGUAAUUAUCUUGAUUUCUACAAUAUUCUGUUUUAAAAAUCCUACUCCAGUCCUCACUCUCACAGUCUAUCACCAUAUCCCAACUCAUGGGAUGUGGGUAACGCCCACAACAGUGGUCAUUGGUUUCUACACCACUAUGGAAACCAGGAUGUUGUUUACAGGCCACUGCCUAGUAAUUUCCAGCUGUAGUGACUCCACAGUUCUUGCUUUGAGCGAAUAUAGCACAAUAUACUUGUAAAUACUCAUUGAGUAGCAUGUCGCAAUUGUUCGUACCACACCAACAGAUGUUUGUCAUGAGCAAAAAUUUGUGCUUCUGUGUUGUUUAAUUAUUGAAAACGUGAAUUUGUGUGUAUGAUUUGAAGUUUUAAUGAUGACUACACAUUGAAGUCUUCCCAUAUGAUCAGCCAUGUGAAUAUGAAGUCUGUAUCCAGUGUUUUGGUGACUGUCCUCAUCUCCGAAACUUCAGAUACAAACACUAUAUUAACACAGCCGAUUACAUGAGAAAAUACUGUUGCAUGAAUUUUGUAUUAUUGAUAUUUGCCAUCUCAUUGUUGUUAUUCAUCCUGGCAUUCAUGAAUGAAGAAACUGAGUUAUAUGUAAGCAUCUUAAUCUGUUUGCGUUCACACAUUAGUGUACUCUAAUAUACAGGGUGUUUCUCGACUUUAGGGCAUAACUGCAGGAGGUGAUUUCCUAGGUCUUUGUGAUCAAAAAAG